AUGACUGCAUUAAACCACACUGGUGUUAGCCACACAGUCUUCCGUUUGCUGGGCAUCCCUGGCCUAGAGGACCAGCACAUGUGGAUUUCCAUCCCCUUCUUCAUUUCCUAUGUCACUGCCCUGCUUGGGAACAGCCUGCUCAUCUUCAUUAUCCUCACAAAGCGCAGCCUCCAUGAACCCAUGUACCUCUUCCUCUGCAUGCUGGCCGGAGCAGACGUUGUCCUCUCCACGUGCAUAGUUCCACAGGCCUUGGCCAUCUUCUGGUUCCAUGCUGGGGAGAUCUCCCUUGAUCGUUGCAUUACUCAGGUCUUCUUCCUGUCUUCUACUUUCAUCUGUGAGUCAGGGAUCUUGCUGGUGAUGGCGUUUGACCGCUACGUUGCCAUAUGCUACCCACUGAGAUACACCACUAUUCUUACACAUGCCCUUAUUGGGAAAAUUGGUGUGAUUGUAUUUCUGAGAAGUUAUAGUAUAAUUUUCCCCAUAAUAUUUCUUCUGAAAAGAUUGACUUUCUGCAAAAAUAACAUCCUCCCAAACACUGCCUGUAAGGACAUUGUCUUGGCCCAUGUUUCCUGUGAUGACAUCCAAGUAAACAUCUGGUAUGGUGUUUUUGUCCUCAUGUCAACCUUGGUCUUGGACGUUUUGCUGAUUUUUAUUUCUUAUGUGCUGAUUCUCUGUGCUGUGUUCUGCAUCCCUUCCCAAGAUGCUCGCCGCAAAGCUCUCAACACAUGUGGUUCUCAUGUCUGUGUCAUCAUCCUUUUUUAUGGGCCUGGCAUCUUCUCAGUCCUCACACAGCGAUUUGGACAUCACAUCUUACCUUAUAUCCAUGUCCUGCUGGCCAAUGUCUACAUUUUGGCUCCACCUGUGCUGAAUCCCAUCAUUUAUGGGAUCAAGACCAAACAGAUCCGGGACCAGGUGAUUCAUGUGUUCUUUACAAAGCAGAAAUGA